GUCAGCGGCCGAAUGUCAACAAUGUAGCGACUGAGAGUAGGCGUUUCAGUCGAGUGUAACAAACAGCGGAGACGGAGCGGCACGCCGCGCGGGAUCACCACGCACACAUACACACGCGCGCGCGCGCGCGCACACACUUACACAACAGACCGUAGAAUCGUGGACGUUGUGUGUGUAUGUGUGUGUUUCUUUUUUUUUUUUUUUGGAGUGAGAAAGAGCCGAGUUACAGCGACGGGGAGAAGAAGUGAGCUGUCUGCAGCGGGAGGCUCUGAGGAAACGACAAAGCGAGCCAUCAUGUGAGAGAACUUACGUGGGAAACGGACAAAAGGGCUGGAAUACGAGCAGAAGAGAAAGUAAAAGUGAUGUAGAGGAGCCAGUGUGACUGUACGCUGUUCGGGGAUAAAUGAUCACUAUUCACCAUCAGAACAUGAAGGACAAGUCUGGCGUGAGCGGAAUGUCCGUGGAUGAGAAGCCUGAAGCCCCCAUGUAUGUGUAUGAGUCGACAGUUCAUUGUACCAAUAUCCUCCUCUGCCUCAACGACCAGCGGAAGCAGGAUAUCCUGUGCGAUGUGACUGUCCUGGUGGAGGGCAAGGAGUUCCGCGGGCACCGGGCCGUGCUGGCCGCCUGCAGCGAGUAUUUCCUCCAAGCGCUGGUGGGCCAGGCAGAGAAUGGUUUGGUCGUUAGCCUUCCUGAAGAGGUCACUGCUAGGGGAUUUGCCCCAUUGUUGCAGUUUGCCUACACUGCUAAGCUGUUACUCAGCAGAGAAAACAUCCAGGAGGUCAUCCGCUGUGCUGAAUUCCUGCGCAUGCACAACCUGGAGGACUCAUGCUUUCGCUUCCUGGAAGCUCAGCUGCGCAGCGAGGACGAUGGCUUGCUGCCCUACCACAAGGUGGCCACGGAGGCAAACAACUCAGAGGAUGAAAGCAUGCAGUCAGAGGCGGAAAGGCCCACCUCCCCCAGGGCGCGGCGCUGUGCUGACGCCCUCGCCUCCUUUCGACGUCCUGACAGUGACCGGCUAGCGAUGGCUAUGACCAGUAACUUCACGGAUGGCCGUGUGGACUUUGAUCGGCAUGGAGUGUCAGACCUGCCACGAUGCCCCAAGUACAGGAAAUACCAGUGGGCUUGCAACAAGCACAAUAAUGACACCUCCUCACACACCAGUACCUCAGGUUUUCCAAGCACAUUAAAGGAGAGCAGCGUUAGCGAGGAAGUGCCAGGUCAGGGCAGGCUGCCUUUGGCACAGAUCAAAGUUGAACCACAGGCAGAGGAAGAGGCCAUCUCGUUGUGCCUGUCAGGGGAUGAGCAGGAUGUCAGGGAUAAGGACAGUGUGACGGCCAUGGAGAUGGAUAACCCAGUAUCUAUGGAAAGAACCAAGAGAACCAAGUCUCCUUCCUGCCUUCGAGCCCUCUUCAAGAAAGGGAUGGACCUCCCCAGCCUGCCCAACACAUCACAGCAGCUAUUCACCAACAGACUUGCUUGCCCCCAGGACAAAGGAAACUCUCAGGGAGAUCAUAAAAAAGACUUCAGGCCUUUCACUGGGGAGCUGGGUCUGUCUGUUACAUCCCCAAAGGACAUGGACGGUUUCCCUGCAGGGUUGUCCCUCAAGUCCGCUUCCUGUGAUGGGGUCUGCAAACAGGAAGUUGAGCUAGACCGCCGUAGUGUCAUAUUUUCCUCAGGGGCGUGCAACCGUCUGGGAACCCCAGCGCAUUCCUACCCCGGUGGGAACUCUUUGGAGAUGGAGCUUUCUGAGCACAUGCCAAAGGGCCUGUGGGCUGGAGCCAGCCAGUCUCUCCCCACCUCCCAGACCUAUUCUCCCAGCACCACCUCCACUGAACCUCCACUCCUAUGCCGCCCACGGCCCAACACCAGCUGCCCAGUGCCAAUCAAAGUGUGCCCACGUUCACCGCCUUGUGAGACACGUACCAGGACUUCCAGCUCCUGCUCCUCAUACUCCUAUGCGGAGGACGGCAGCGGAGGCUCUCCCUGUAGCCUGCCCCAGUUUGAAUUCUCCUCCUCACCGUGCUCCAACGUGGCACGCUGCCUCAAUGUGGACCAGCAGGAGCAAAGUGUGGGAGGAGACGCCCUUUUUAACCAAGUGCGGCCCAAGAUCAAAUGUGAGCAGUCCUACGGCACCAACUCCAGCGACGAGUCAGGGUCCUUCUCAGAGGGAGACAGCGAGUCCUGCCAUGUACAGGAGCGGGGGCCAGAGGUGAAGCUCCCUUUCCCCGUAGAUCAAAUCACAAAUCUUCCACGGAAUGACUUCCAAAUGUUGGUGAAAAUGCACAAACUGACCUCGGAGCAGCUUGAGUUCAUCCAUGACGUGAGGCGGCGGAGUAAGAACCGCAUCGCGGCACAACGCUGCCGCAAGAGGAAGCUCGACUGCAUCCUGAACCUGGAGUGUGAAAUCAGAAAACUGGUGUGUGAGAAGGAGAAGUUGCUGACGGAGAGGAACCAGCUAAAGGCGUGUAUGGGUGAGCUGUGGGAGAACUUCUCCUGCCUGUCCCAGGAGGUAUGCAGAGACGUCCAGCUGAGCCCUGAGCAGGUCCAGUCUUUACACCACUACUGCCCCGUGCUGCGGCCCGCCAACUCCGCCGCCAGUAACAACGCUGCCCACGAGCCCAAGCCUCCCCGCAGCCCCGCCGCCGUCACCAACACCACCAACACCAACGCCACCACCACCACCAGCAUCGACCUCACCGCCCACUCGGGCUCGGCCACACCGGAACCCAGCUUCCACGGGUCGCCCGGCCCCUCAGAGAGCGAGCCCGACUCGGCCGUCAGAAACGGGGCGGACAAAGAUAUGGACGGCCAAGAUGCCAGCUUGUACACAAAGUCAGGGCUGUCCACUGAAAAAUCCAACCAGACGGUUACAGUUGAUUUUUGUCAGGAAAUGACUGACAAAUGUACGACUGACGAGCAGCCGAGGAAGGACUGUACUAAGUAGUGGUGGUUCUCUGUGUUGUUGUUUUUGAUGUUUUUUUUAAUUAUUUAAUUUGAUUCUUCUGACAAACCCUCUCUCGGGGUUGUUGAGAUGUCGGCCUCUCCCAGUGUUCACUGAAAAACAAGCUUUGUAUGUAUUUAUGUCUUUUUGUGCUGUCUUUUUUUUUUUUUUUUUUUUUUCUUUUUGAACGGUUGACACUAAAGUUGUCUUAACAGCAGCAAUACUGUUCUCCAGGUAUUUUCCUCUUACCAUGACAGAGUGGGAACUUCUCACCAAACCUUUACAAUGGUGCUACACUUGGCCCGGCAGCAACCUCUACAGUGGAGACUCUGUUCUUCACGCAUCGCUCAUCACAACUCAUAGUUCAACCUCAUCGGACCUAAACAGCAGCUCUCUUCGUCUCUCUUGUGUACCAACAGUAUCUCUGCCUUUCUCUGUCACAUUUCCUCCUCUCUUUUUCCCACUCUGUCCUUAUCAAUCUUUUCUACCUCUCUCUCUCUCUCUCUCUCUCUCUCUCUCUCUCUCUCUCUCUCUCUCUCUGUGCUUCUUCUCUCACUGUAUCUUAGUGGCCCUUUUCGUCACAGCAAUUCAAACUCAGGAAUAAGAAUCCUCUGAAUGUUCAACCUAAUUCAUGAAAAAUGAGAAUACAGUUUCUGUACACGAGGAAGUUACGAUGCAGUUAGACUGUAAAAUGUUCAUAUGCAAAAAUGUCUUCAAGCGUCUCACAUUUGUAUUUCUGUACACGAGAACUUUGUACAGGCUGCAACCGAAAACAUUCCUCCUUUGCCUUCCUCAGCACUGAAUUGAAAGGAAAAAGAAAAAAGGUUUUUGCAGGUGGUUAAAUGACUAUUUUUAUUUCCCACUCAUCAGCAAUACCAUUGUAUUUGGAUGUUGUAACAGUGACUGACUUUCAAGUGCUUGUUUGGCAGAAAUGUAUAUAGUAUGGAGCAUGAUGACUGUAACAGUGAUUUUGUACAGGUAGAGGCUUAGAUGUUUCUUUUUCACCGGGGUUAUAUCAAGCACCUUUUUGCUAAGGGAAAAUCUUUGCUUUGCUGUUUCCUGUCCUGCCUAAUGAAUAUUCCCCAUCAUGGUGGGUGUUCUUAUACUCAGGAAAUCAGCUUGAUACACAUGUAGACACUCACAUACAGCACAUACAGACACAUGCGUCAACACACAUGUAAAAUUUUUAGCCCCAUGCAUGUUAAAAAAGUUAGACAUUCGAGAUGUAUUUGUAACGUGCGGCUCAGGCCAGCUCCUCUCCACCUUUGACUCCUCUUUAAAUGUGAAAAAAAGAGUUUUGCCUUGUGUUUUUUGGAGUAAAUCUUAUUUCUGUAUUUCAGUAUUUCAGUAUUUUAAGAUGCUAUUUGUGUACUCUCUGGCAGCCAUGCUUUGGGUUUUCUUCAGUGUUGCCAUUUGAAGCCGUUUGACAGUGAAAAGUGCGUCUGACAGAAUCUUUCAUUUUUUCAAACUGAUCCUGAAUAAGAUUAGAAAAAAAAACUCUUGACAAAGAGAUAAAAAAAUCUAUCAAUUGGACUUUAUUCAGGCACUUUGUUUCUGGCCACAGAGCCAUUCAGCACUUCAAUGAGGGUCCUUUGUUUCAGACCCUGUAAAAGUCUGAGACUGGAGCACUUAAAUUGGCACUUCAAGAGGAAACAUCUUGUUGAUAUGAUUAUAUGAAUAUACAGUAAAAAAAAAAAAAAAAAGCAUCUCUAUGAAGAUGACGUAUCUGAAAGCUAAAUACAAAAGGAAUCUAAUGUUUUAGUAUUAGAGUGUUCACACCUUAUAUUUGUAUUUCUUUAGGACUUGAAUAAGCUAAUUCAGACUUCAUUUGACGUGAAAGCAGUGUAUGUGUUGACAGAAUGAUUGAGCAACAAUCAUAUAGGAUAGUAACAUGUUUGCCCUAAUUGUGCAUUUGUUUGAACAUCUACUUUGUGAUGCAUGCUGCCUAUAGCUAUAAGCCUAGUUAGUUUGUCUAGCUUCUGUUUGCCUCUGCAGCAGUCUGCUUUAAAAUGAGUUUUUUUUAUAUUUCUGUGUAUAAACAAGCUGAAUUAUCUCUGAAUAACUCUGACUGGAGGCAGCCUUUAAAGUACCAGCAGGGCUGUGCUCCAGUACGAAGGUGGAAUUCAAUUGGAAUGUGAAGCUUUAUUCUUUGCUCUUUAAAAGCCCCAAUCUAAAAAGAGCCCUAAAGUUAAUGUCACCUCUGGGCUAACCACUGUUACACUAGUGUCUGUAAGUCAGAGUCAUCAAAAAAAAAAAAAAAAAAGAGAGAGAGAGAGAGAGAGCAAAAAUGGAUAUCUACUACAGUACUUGGUGUUAAAGAAUGACCCCCCCCAGCUCACCUGGUCGCUCACCUGCUAACUCACUUGGACAUAUCACGUAUCAUUACUCGGUCCCCAGUGCAGCAGCCCACCUCUCCUUUUCUCUACAUUGUCCAUCUCAAACUAAAACAGAAAUGACAAAAUGAGGAUUAUAAUUAUCUAUAAUUAUAUACAUGAAUCUGGACGUACUGUGCAGGUCUUGGGACGACCAUCCUUAUUAUUCUUGUUACAUCUUAUUCUGAGACUAAUUAAGCACACACACAAUAUUCACAUACAUAUAGACUGAAAAUACAAUAAUAAAAUAAGAAUGCAGUUCAGACCAGUAACAUAACCUUGCUAAACAAUAGGUUGUGCAGCUCAGGCUCAGUCUUUAAUGAAGACUGUUUACUCUGCUGAAACCACAGAUAUCAGAAAGUACUGUAGUAAAUACUCAUUUGUGUUGGAAUAUGGACAGAAAACAUCAUCCUGGGACAUGUAGCAGGUUAAAUAUGAGUGUUACUUAGCCAACCCAACCUGCGUACUCCUCACACAGCUCUGUGACUUUAUUUGUCUGCAUCAGGUGGCAUGCUGGAAGUGUUUACUCUUUAAGAUUUAAGUUUAGAAGCCACAGUUUUAUUCCCUGAGCUAUCUCUGGGAAGGUUUAGUGGCUGACUAAAUCUCAGAUUGGGGCUUUAAAGUUUGGAUAAAAUAUUUUGAUGUUCUACCCCCUGACUUUUACUGAUGUAAAUGUUAGAGUUUAAAACAGUAGUGUAGAAUAUGAGCUCACAUUUGCGACUGUUUGUCUUGUACAGUCCAACAGAGUAACUCUAAGUGUAUUUUAUAAACCUGUCUUUAAAUUGUAAAAGACUGGUCUCUAUUUUAUAGAGUACAUAGACCCACACACGCACUAACACAUGUACACAUACACGUAUAUUCAUACCACACACACACACACACACACACACACACACACACACAGAGUACAUACUGUACAUUGUGGCAGCCUGAGUGCAGAGCAGUUGUGGUUCUUGGUCGGCUGGUGUUUGUUCAGCUCCUCUGUUUGUGCUCUUGUCAUUGUUGGACUGAAGCAGAACAGUAUUUACCAUGUGGAGGUUUUACCAGAUUAAAGCCAGAGAAUCCAAGUGGAACGAUUUGCAUUACAGAAGCUUCUUCUCUGCAAACAUUUUAUGCAACAUUUUCUCUUUGUGUGCUUUUUCAUUUGCUUGAUCUUAAACUGAGAAACCUUUGUGUUGCAUCUGAGAGCACACACUGUCUGACUUAAUGUUUUUCUGUUUGGAGAAAAUGAAUUCAUCAAGUUUGUGUUCUAACUGUUGUAACAGAGGACCCUGGGCAUCUCUUCAGACAUUGUCCUUUAUGCAUACACCGAGUACGUUGCUUAGAUACCACAGACAGACUCCCCUGAAUCCCUCUUUCCAGUCAGAAAAGCUCUGUCCUGACCAUUGAACUGCAGGAUCCAGUACUGACUGUCAGAUACAAUCCUCCAUCCAUCCUCAGCUUCAGUGGUGAGAUGAGUUCAUGUCAGCACUGUCAACAAACUGUCUGGUUCCACUCUUAUUUAAAGGGUCAGGUUCACUCAAAUUCUGUUUAUGCUGCUCACAUCACUGAGAAAUUUAUUUGAUUUAUGUAUUUGUCAUUUUAUGACCAGGGGCCUGUUUCUCUGGAUAACUGCAUGGCAGUCAGCUCCAUUGUGUCGCAGUGUCAGCAGAAAUCUCAAACAAUCUUUGAAUGAGAAAAUAUGUUUUUGUCAUUUGAGUGAACUAACCAUUUAGUGGCUCAGGGUGCCAAGCAUUUAACUCUGCUCUCUGUAUCACUCAGAAGUAGCCUUUUAUUACUUUUUUUUAAGAGCAAAAAGAAACGUCAUUUAAAGCUGCAUGAAUCCAUUUUUUGGCCACUGGGGGGCAGCAGAACAAGCUGUCAACACAGUACUAGUAUAUUAUCAUCUUACAUGGUUGACAUAGGCUAACAUGUUAGCAAACAGUUGCUUAUGUAUCCAGCAGAAACAGCCAUGUUACCGCUUUCUCAGCCACUCUGUUAUGGUCUCCUCCAACUCCUGAGAAAAAAGUCUGUGGCCCUGUAGCUGCCAGAUGACCCACUAUGUUCACCAGCCAGCAGCUAACUCUGUACAUCUGCCAUCUGGAGCUGGGAAAGUAGCGCACAAAGAAUUUAUCAGUUGUUGUGGUUUUUUUUUUGUUUGUUUUUUCUAAAACCAGCUGCCUGCUGCUACUGGAAAUGAGACUGAUAACAGUUUGCUGGUUGGAAAGCUGUACAGAGCUGAAGGGUUGGUGAUAAUUAUCUGCUGGUUCGUCACUACGUUCGACCCCUCUCACACUGCACGUUCACCUGAGUGUUCACAUACAAAUACUGAUUAGUGCAACUUUAAAAUGACGUUACAGAAAUCAUUCAAAGCAGAAAACAGCUGAAAAGUUUAUUUGAUAUUUAAACAUGAAGAACCCUUCAGGUUACUUUGUACAGGCCAGACACUUUUUUUGUUUAUAGCCAUUGCAACAGAUUGAUCUAAGUGAACUAUUUUGCUGUUGCUGUAACUGUCAUUGAAUCCUCUCACCUUUUUUGCUGCGUAUUUGUCCUUUAGUCAAACUUUUUUUUUUGUUGCUGCUUCUCUGAAACAAACACUGGCUCUUCAACUCCAAAGGUUGUUCUAUAAAAGAAUAUGAACAAAAACAUGCCUUUCUCACAGACUGCUCAACUUCAUUGAGAAAAGAAUCUGGUAUCCUGGUUGAAUGCACAGGCUGAGAUCAUUGAAGAUAAAAUAUGAAAAUGGAAUAUGUUUACAAAUAGGUGUCAUGUCAUGUAUGAUCAAUUUUUGCCAUGUAAAAAUCACUUGCUUCAAUUCGACUGGCUCUUGGUGUUGUGUAAAGAUACAAAGAAUGAGUUUCCUCACCUUGUCUUUACUCCAACUUUUGGGAUGGGUUAACAUAAUAUGAAUACAAGUGCACCUCCAAUAUUUGCCUUAGAACGUGCAGAGGCCAUAGUUCACAUUCAAGUGAAGUGAGUGUAUGCAGGGGCCUGGGCCCCCAUCCCAGAGUCACCAGUGCGGACUUUCUCACACUUAUCUACCUGUGAAAUCCUUCAUACCUCUCAUAACUGGUCAAUGACUGUAUCAGCAAACUGCAUCAGGUGUUUUUUCUACAUGCUUUUUACACAGAUUAUAUGGAUUAUUGUAUUAGUCGAUUUUGGUGCAUCAUUUUUAAUGUAAUAGCUCUUAAGCUUGUAGUUCAAGUUGUUGUUUUUUUUUCUUUCAUUUUUCUAGAUGACUGUUUUGUGUUAAUAUUGUCAAUUUGAAAUAGCUGUUAUUUGCUUAUUCUCUACUAAGAGUUCUUACCUUUAUAAUUUUUAAAUGCUACAUGACCCUAAUGAAUUAAAACGACUUAAUAACCAUUGUAAAUACGGUAUUGUGCAAACCCAAUUUUCAUUAAUUUCAAUUGCUAGUGUUAUCUAAACAACUUUUUUGUCUAGACACCAUUUCUCUUUAUGAAAUAAAGAAACAUGCAUAUCA